CUCAGCCAGGGUCUAGGGUAGAGCCUGGCCAGAUUUGCAGCCUGAAGCCAUGGGCCAGGGGGCCAUGGUGACCUGAGACCAAUGGACUCUGUCCAGUUGCCCUGUGCUGCCCCUUCUACCUCCCCUAUCUUAUACUAAGGGGACUUGUCUUUACCUUUUCAGGGAAUUGACCCUGAGGGAAUCCCUUUCCCCUAUUUUUCCAUCCUUCCAUUCUCCCAAGAGAGCCCUAGCUUAAAGAACUCCUAUCUCCCAUCCCUUGAGGUGGUCCUAUUCCCUGCUUUCCCUCCCCCGCCAUGCUACAGCUGUGGAAGGUGGUACGCCCAGCUCGGCAGCUGGAACUGCACCGCCUGAUACUGCUGCUGAUCGCUUUCAGUCUGGGCUCCAUGGGCUUCCUGGCUUACUAUGUGUCUACCAGCCCCAAAGCCAAGGAACCCUUGCCCUUGCCCUUGGGAGACUGCAGCAGUGGUGGGGCAGCUGGCCCUGGCCCUGCACGGCCUCCAGUCCCACCCCGGCCCCCCAGGCCUCCAGAGACAGCUCGAACUGAACCCGUGGUCCUUGUGUUUGUGGAGAGUGCAUACUCACAGCUAGGGCAGGAAAUUGUGGCCAUCUUGGAGUCUAGUCGUUUUCGUUAUAGCACUGAGCUGGCACCUGGCCGAGGGGACAUGCCCACACUGACUGAUCAUACCCAUGGCCGCUAUGUCUUGGUCAUUUAUGAGAACUUGCUCAAGUAUGUCAACCUGGAUGCCUGGAGUCGGGAACUGUUGGACCGGUACUGCGUGGAGUAUGGCGUGGGCAUCAUUGGCUUUUUCCGAGCCCAUGAGCACAGCCUACUGAGUGCCCAGCUCAAGGGCUUUCCCCUUUUUCUAUACUCAAACUUGGGACUCCGAGACUACCAAGUCAAUCCUUCUGCCCCCCUACUGCAUCUUACGCGCCCUAGCCGCCUGGAGCCUGGGCCACUGCCUGGUGAUGACUGGACUAUCUUCCAAUCCAAUCAUAGCACAUAUGAACCAGUGCUUCUUGCCAGCCUCCGGCCAGCUGAGCUCCCUGUGCCAGGACCAGUGCCUCGCCGGACACGACUUCCCACUGUGGUACAGGACCUGGGGCUGCAUGAUGGCAUCCAGCGGGUGCUCUUUGGCCAUGGCCUUUCCUUCUGGCUCCAUAAACUUGUCUUUGUUGAUGCUGUUGCAUACCUCACUGGCAAGCGCCUCUGCUUGGACCUUGACCGCUACAUCUUGGUAGACAUCGAUGACAUCUUUGUGGGCAAGGAAGGUACCCGCAUGAAGGUGGCUGAUGUUGAGGCCCUGCUGAACACCCAGAACAAACUCAGGACCUUAGUCCCCAACUUCACCUUCAACUUGGGCUUCUCGGGCAAGUUCUAUCAUACUGGGACAGAGGAGGAGGAUGCAGGGGACGACAUGCUGCUGAAGCACCGCAAAGAGUUUUGGUGGUUUCCCCACAUGUGGAGCCACAUGCAGCCACACCUGUUCCACAAUCGGUCCGUGCUGGCUGACCAGAUGAGGCUCAACAAACAGUUUGCUCUGGAACAUGGGAUUCCCACGGAUCUGGGAUAUGCUGUGGCCCCACACCACUCGGGCGUGUACCCCAUCCACAUGCAACUCUAUGAGGCCUGGAAAUCUGUGUGGGGCAUCCAGGUGACCAGCACUGAAGAGUAUCCCCAUCUCCGCCCUGCCCGCUACCGCCGUGGUUUCAUCCAUAAUGGCAUUAUGGUGCUGCCUCGGCAGACAUGCGGCCUCUUCACUCAUACAAUCUUCUAUAAUGAGUAUCCCGGAGGCUCUCAUGAACUAGACCGGAGCAUCCGAGGUGGAGAGCUCUUUCUGACAGUGCUCCUUAAUCCGAUCAGCAUCUUUAUGACCCAUCUGUCCAAUUAUGGAAAUGACCGGCUGGGCCUGUACACCUUUGAGAGCUUGGUGCGCUUCCUCCAGUGCUGGACACGGCUGCGCCUGCAGACCUUGCCUCCCGUCCCUCUCGCACAAAAGUACUUUGAACUCUUCCCUCAGGAGCGAAGCCCCCUUUGGCAGAAUCCCUGUGAUGACAAGCGGCACAAAGAUAUUUGGUCCAAGGAGAAAACCUGUGAUCGACUCCCCAAGUUCCUCAUUGUGGGACCCCAGAAGACAGGGACCACAGCUAUUCACUUCUUCCUGAGCCUGCACCCAGCUGUGACUAGCAGCUUCCCUAGCCCCAGCACCUUUGAGGAGAUUCAGUUCUUCAACGGCCCUAAUUACCACAAGGGCAUUGACUGGUACAUGGACUUCUUCCCUGUCCCUUCCAAUGCCAGCACUGACUUCCUAUUUGAAAAAAGUGCCACCUACUUUGACUCAGAGGUUGUACCACGGCGGGGGGCUGCCCUACUGCCACGAGCCAAGAUCAUCACUGUGCUCACCAACCCUGCUGACCGGGCCUACUCUUGGUACCAGCACCAGCGAGCACAUGGAGACCCAGUUGCUCUGAACUAUACCUUCUACCAGGUGAUUUCAGCCUCCUCCCAGGCCCCUCUGGCACUUCGCUCCCUGCAGAACCGCUGUCUUAUCCCUGGCCACUAUUCUACCCAUCUACAACGCUGGCUGACCUACUACCCCUCUGGACAGUUGCUGAUCGUGGAUGGGCAGGACCUGCGUACCAACCCAGCAGCCUCAAUGGAGAGCAUCCAGAAGUUCCUGGGUAUCACACCCUUUCUGAACUACACACGGACCCUCAGGUUUGAUGAGGAUAAGGGAUUCUGGUGCCAGGGACUUGAAGGUGGCAAGACUCGCUGUCUAGGGAAGAGCAAAGGCCGGAGGUACCCAGAUAUGGAUAGUGAGUCUCGCCUUUUCCUUACGGAUUUUUUCCGGAACCACAAUUUGGAGCUGUCAAAGCUGCUGAGCCGGCUUGGACAGCCAGUGCCCUCGUGGCUUCGAGAAGAACUGCAGCAUUCCAGUCUAGGCUGAUGUCCCAGUCUCUUGUGCCAGCAAAAGCCCCUGCUUCCUUAAGGCGCAAGCCCAGAGCAGGAUCCACAAGCGGGAUUAGAGUGGCCUGGCCCCUUCCCCUUCUACCUCAGUGGCCCCCAGACCUAGAUGGGUGAGAAGGGGAGGGCAUCCCUUUCCCAUAACUCUGGGGUCUACUAAAGGGGCUUC